AUGGAAAAGGUUGUAAAUUAUGAGCAAGAAAAAUCCAUUGAAACAUCUGAUAUAGCGAAUGAAGGAUCACUAAAUCUGGCGCCAGGUGCUGAACGUCAUCACACAGUGUUGCAGAAUGGUAGUACUGCAGGGGCAAGUGGAAUAAAUUAUUCCGAAACGGGUGUCAGUGUUCUUGAUUACAGCACGGAUUUUCCGGAACUACCGGACAAACCAAAUGCAUGUGCUUCACAGUUACUUGGUGGUGUAUGGAAUAAACCUCCCGCUGUUCGUUCUGAGAGAACUACACAGGUUUACCAUCUCUCUGGCGAUGAACGUGCUUCAAGAACUGGUAGUAAAAAUUUCGGCAAUACUAAUGAAGAACAGCAAAAAUGUAACGAAAUAGCUAUAGCCACUGGUACACAGAUUGAAAUUUGUGAAGCUAAAGAUCAUUCUUUAACACUUCUAAUCACUGGGAAGCGUCAACGGGUUGAAGAAGCACGCUCACAUAUUGCACGCAGGCUAAAGACCCAGGCGGCUCGUGAAAUUGCAAUACCGAAAGAACACCAUCGUGUUUUAAUUGGGAGAGAAGGUAUCAAGUUGCGACAACUGGAGCAAGAUACGGAUUGUCGGAUAAUGGUACCAGGCCGUGAUUCACCGAGUGAUAUCAUCAAAAUAAUUGGUCCACGUGACGGUAUCGAAAAAGCAGUGCAUGAAAUUCAACUCGUAAGCGAUAAACAGUCGAAGUUAGCGCAGGAACAUUUAAUGAUACCACGCGUCUAUUAUCCGUUUAUCCGUGGGCCAUUCAAUGAAACGAUUGAUGAAUUAGCUUCUAAAACAGGUGCCAAAAUUAAUAUCCCACCACCAACUGCAUCAAGUGAAGUAAUUGUCAUUACUGGUGAGAAGGAGGGUGUUCAUUGUGCCGCUGCGGCUGUUCGCCAAAUAUAUGAGAACAUGAAAACAAUAGCGAAACCAGUAACAUGUGAGGUAGCACGCGCGCAACAUCGUUAUAUUAUUGGACCGCAGAGACGUGGGCUAGCUGAAAUACUGAAGUUAACAGGUGUAAGUGUCGAAGUGCCUCCAGAAGAGGAAGACUCCGACACUAUAACUUUACGUGGUGAUCCAGCAAAAUUAGGCGAAGCAUUGGCAAUGGUUUAUGCUAAAGCAAGUAGUGUUAUCACGGCAGAGAUCACUUGUGAAUCGUGGAUGCACAAAUUUCUCAUCGGUCCAAAAGGAAUGACUCUAGAGACUUUAGUUCCAAACAAGGAUAAAGUUCAAAUUGGAUUUGAACAGGAUGGUUUAAUUUAUUUGGAAGGUGCACCGGAAGAAGUAAAGAAGGCGCAUAUGUCCUUACUUUGCGAAAUCAAGCGUCUGACCGAAGAAAUGUCUUCAGAAACCAUCAGAGUCAGCCCAUCACUUCAUCGUCAUGUUAUUGGAAGAGGAGGAGCUCUGAUUUCCAAAAUCAAGGAUGAAACUGGGGUCCAGAUAACUAUUCCGAAUGAACAAACAAAUUCGGAUGAAAUUAAAGUCGAAGGUAAUAAGAAAGGUGUGAAGAAAGCAAUCGAAGAAAUAGCCGAAAUCGUCAAGAGAAUCGAGAACGAAAAAACUCGCGACAUACUUAUUGAACAACGUUUUCAUAAACAAUUAAUUGGUGCCAAAGGUGAAACUGUGCAGAAACUUCGUGAACAGUUUCCAUCGGUUAUUUUCUCAUUUCCAGAUCCUGGAAAAAAGUCAGACAUUGUUAACCUGAGGGGUGACAGAGUUGAAGUUGAUAAAGCUUACAAGCAGUUGACUGCGAUGAACAAGGAGCUACUGGAAAGUAAUUUCCAAAUGACAGUUCCUAUUUUCAAAGAAUUUCACAAACAUAUCAUCGGUAAGGGUGGUGCUAACAUUAGGAAAAUCCGUGAAGAAACUCAAACAAGAAUCGACUUGCCCGGUGGUGAAAGCGGCGAAGAUAAAAUUACAGUUACGGGAAAGAAAGCAAAUGUGGAAAAAGCUGUUGAACAAUUAACCAAAAUUCAAAACGAAUUGGCUAAUAUUAUAACAGUGGAAGUAAAUAUUCCUCAAAAAAUUCAUUCUCGUCUUCUUGGUGGAGGUCGUCGACUUAUACUUAACAUACAGGAUGAAUGUGGUGGUGUACAUAUCAAAUUUCCACCAGAAAAGAUUACUUCGGAUAAGGUCAGCAUUCGUGGUCCUAAGGAUGAUGUUGCCUGUGCCGAAAAAAUGCUGAUGGCUUUAGCAAAAGAUCGAGAACUUUCGAGUUUUGAAGAUUCCGUCUCAGCAAAGCCCGAAUUCCAUAGAUUUAUCAUUGGAAGAGGUGGUUCACGAAUCAAAAAGAUCCGUGAAAUGUAUCCAGACGUUCGUAUAUUAUUUCCACGCGAUACUGACACCGAUAAAGAUAUUAUUCAUCUUGUUGGAAAAAGAGAAGAUGUGACAGAAGUGAAGAAACAGCUUGCAGCUAUGAUAACGGAACUGAAUGAAAAUAUUGAAGCCAAAAUGGAGGUUGACCCCAAACAUCAUCGGCAUUUUGUUAUUCGCGGUGCCGCAGUACUACGUGAAAUCCAGGAUCAGAAUGGCGGAGUAAUCAUUUCAUUUCCUCGUGCUGGUACAAAUGAUAGCAGGGUGACACUAAAAGGAAGUAAACAAUGUGUGGAGUGCGCAAAAGCUAGGAUUGAAGAAAUUGUAGAAGACUUGGAGUCACAGAUAUCUUUGAAGGUCGAGAUCCCAGGUGAAUACCAUCGUACACUGCUUUCAAAUCGUGGGCAGAAAAUCCAAGAGCUUCAGUUGAAGUAUAAUGUUCAAAUUAAAUUUCCGGAUCGAAGACUUCGAGAAAACGCCCAAAAUGAAAAUGAAAAAAAUAUGGAUGAUGGACCAUCACUACUUGAUACUAUCACUAUUAGUGGACGCGAUACACGCUGUAAAGAAGCCGCUGAAGCGCUUAAAGCUUUAAUACCUGUCACCAAAACAGUGAACGUUGCAUUCGAACAUCAUCGUUUUCUCAUCGGUAGAAGUGGUGAAACAAUACGUUCUUUAAUGCAAGCACAUGAUGUCAAUAUUUCUAUACCACCAGAAGAUACACAUUUAGAUGAAAUAGUGGUAACUGGAACAGCCGACAAUGUCGAAUCUGCCGUGGCUGAUAUUUUGAAGCGUGUUGGUGAAUUUGAAGAAGCAGCGGAAAUUCGGCGUUUGCGCUCCUUCAAGCUUACAUUUGAUGUCCCGUCAGAGUACCAUGUUCGUCUUAUUGGUCCACGUGGCAAAGUUGUAAACGAAUUGCGUGCUAAACAUGAUGUUUUAAUUGCUUUUCCUCGAUCCGGCAACGAUCCACCGGACACAAUUACUCUUACUGGCUAUGAGGCAAACUGUAAUGCAUGUAAAGAAGAGAUGGAAGCGAUGAUUGGUGAAGUACAAUCUCUUUUUACUCAAGAAAUUUUUCUUGAUGCCACUUUCCAUCCUCGUUUAAUAGGCCAGAAAGGUCGUAAUCUGAAAAAGGUGAUGGAUGAGUUUAAAGUGGAAAUUCGUUUGCCAAGGAGCACCGAUCCAGAUCCGAAUUUGGUUGUGAUUGCAGGCAAAGAUGAAGAUGCGGUAUACGAUUGUAUUGAGCAACUGCGUCGAGAAGAAGAAGAAUUUUUGCAGGAACGUCGCCAGUAUAUGCCUCCACGUGUCAUGGAGCAACCACCACCGCCGCCUCGUGUUGAGGUGGAAAUUAAAGGAGCACCAUGGCAGCUAGAUAUGCAAUCCGAAGAACAGUUUCCAACAAUGGGUACUACGCAAGCGACAGCUGCAGCUGCUGGUGUUUGGAGCGGAAUACGCCGCUUUUAA